GCACAAUUCGACCCCCAAUUCACAUCCGGCCAGCUCAGCGAACGCGAAAUGUGGAAUCAAACAUGGAACGUCAACGUCUCCGGCACGCAAGUCCUAACCUCAAGCCUCGUCCCUCUCCUCCUGCAGAGCAGCGACCCGCGCAUCCUCUUUCUGACCUCCGGCCUCUCUAGCUUAACGCGGACCAGCAACCUCGACGUCCCAGCGAACCGCAGCCCCGCGAAAGGCUGGCCCAAGACGGGGUUCAGCGCGACGGCGUACCGGAGCUCCAAGACGGGGCUGAACAUGCUGGUGCGGGAGUGGCAUCGCGUGCUCAAGGAGGACGGCGUGAAGGUUUGGGCGAUUGCGCCGGGGUUUCUGGCCACGGGGUUGGGGGUGGGGGAUCCCGAGGUGUUGAAGACGAUGGGCGCGGGCGAUACGCAGGUUGCGGGGCCUUUUGUGAGGAGUGUGGUGGAGGGGGAGUGGGAUGGGGAGGUUGGGAGGGUUGUUUCGAGGGAUGGGGUGCAGGAGUGGUGA